AAAGUGUUGCAUCUUGAGUCGAUCGGCAUCACUGGCACUUGAGCAAUGAAACUCUUUAUUGUCCUGUUGUUGAGCCUUUUGGCGGUUGCCUGUUGGGCGGAUGUUUCGCAUGUGAAACAUCACAAGCACCAGCGGCAUCAUCAUCACUCCUCCAAGGAAUACGAUAAUGAGGAUGAAGAGUCCCACUACCUGCCGCCGCAUGAGGAGAAGGAGGCGGAGCCAUUCUACAAGAAGGAGAAACACACCAGUGAACGAGUGGUAUACCACAAAGAGGAAGAGCACGAGGAGCCCAAGGAGCACCACCACCAUGAGGAACCAAAGAAGCAGCGUGUGGACCAUUACCACCACUACGACAAGAAGCCCGAGGUGAAGACCCAGCAUAUUCACUACAAGCACAGCAAGCCGCAUGUCCGUACGGAUUACAGUCGGCGUGACCUAUUUACCCCGGCUGCCAGUGAGGUUGUCUACCGGCGCCGUCGCCCCAGUCGCAUCCUGUACGCCAGUGCCCCCAACUCGGUGUUCCACACCCACACUCAGAUCAAUGUGCAGUCACAGGACUCGGAGCUUAAUUCUCUCACCCCGCCAGGAGCUCAGGAUCCGGCAGGAGCUCAAGCGCCAACCGGUGCUCAGGCCCCUAUUGGAGCUCAGGCUCCAACAGGUGCUGCUCCCAAUUGCCAGUUUAUUGUGGCGGGAAAUGCUCCACCCGGCUGUGGCCCCUCUGAUCCGAUCGGAGCUCAACUGCCAGCGAGUGCCUUGGCACCCACAGGCGGUAAUAAUCCAGCGAAUCGCCCUGUUGCUCCCACUGGCCAGCUGGCUAUUCUGGGCAACGGACAGAGGCCAUCAAGGCCAGGAUAUGGAGGAUACGGAGGUGGCAACCGUCUUAACUUAUUUGUGGAUCCCUCGUUUGGCGCUCAGCUCAGCAAUGCAGCUGGAGCUGGAGGACAACAGCCGGUAGGAGCUGGUCAAUUGGCAGCAGGCCAAGGAUUCAACAAUCAAAACUUUGGAGGGGCUCAGCUCGGAGCAGGUCAAGGGGUCCCCAAUCAAAACCAGUUUGAUCCCUCAUUCGGAGCUCAACUCCCCGCAGCAGGACAGGCUCCAGUGGCAGCAGGAGCUCCCUUUGAUCCUUCAUUUGGAGGUCAACUUCCUGCGGCAGGACAAGCUCAAUUAGGAGCUGGAGCUCCUUAUGAUCCCUCGUUUGGGGCUCAACGGCCAGCAGCCCAAAGACCGCUCCAGAAUCAGUUCAACAACAAUGGCCAGUUUGGAGCGCCUUUUGAUCCGGCGUUGGGUGCUCAGCUAGGAGCCGCCCAGCCUGCUCCGAAUCGCAGACCCAAUCCAGCGGGUGGCCAACUGGCAGCAGGUCAGCAGGCUCCUUUUAAUCAAGGAGCUGCCGACCCUAAUCAGGGACUAUUCGACCCAUCCAUAGGAGCCCAGUUGGCGGCGGGUCAAGCGCCACGCCUUAACAAUCGCCGGCCAUCAAAUCGACCCAAUUACCAAGGUCUAAACGUCCUAAAUGGAAACGUAUUUGGUCAACCACAACUCCAGGGACCGACAAAUGCCGUGGGUAACCAACAGGAUACGAACAUUAUCGAUGGCAACUUCUACAGCGAUCCCAGUGUGCUGCAUCAUGGUCAUCAUCAUGGUCGGGCUUUGGUAAGGAUAAAUGGAAACCAGAGGUCGGUUUUGGUGCCAGAUGACGAUGAUGCGGAUGACGAUGUGGAUCCCGGUUUCCUGGCCCAGUUUGCCUCCAGUAAUAGGCAGUCACAAUACGUUGCAGCUCCCAAGAAGCACGGAUCUCACAGUCGCAGCUCCAAGAACGGUAGUCGGGAUAGUUUGGACCAAGGAACUUCUGCCUCGGAAUACGACACCGGCUUUCGUGAAGAUGGCUAUCAUUACCGGAAGCCGAAACACACUUUCGAGUUUUAAAAUUGUUAGCUGGACAUUGACAGCUUUGUAUUAUAUUCAAAAAUAAAUUAUACUUAACAGCAUUUGCUACAAGAGCAGAAGAAA